UAGCGACCCGCUCCAGCGUUGUGGACACCUAUCAUCCUCGAUACUACAGAGUACUCCGCUACCUGCCUACGCGUAUACCUACUGUGUGUACCUACAUGGCCGAUUUCAUUGCGGAUUGCUGAUCCGCCUUCUUUCUACCAUCCGAAUCAACACCUUAACUGUCAUGCCAAAAUGAAGCUUUUCAAUCUCCUCGUGUCCAUUCUUUGUAUAAUUCCGAACGCGUUCUGCACCGUUGCGGACUCAAACAAGUUUGAAAGAUACCGUUCACUCUCGCGCUCAGCCCCAAUCGAGCUCACAGAUUCGUCAUAUGAAGAAAUAACAUCCAAGCCGCGUGAUUACCACGUCGCAGUUCUCUUGACAGCUGCAGAUGCUCGCUAUGGAUGUAUCCUUUGCCGCGAAUUCCAGCCAGAAUGGGAGCUCAUAGCACGAAGUUGGAACAAAGGUUCUAAACCUGAUGGGCUUCAAAUGCUUUUCGCUACCUUGGAUUUUAGUGACGGCAAAGGCACCUUCCAAAAGCUGAUGCUUCAAACUGCACCUGUCCUCCUUGUGUUCCCUCCCACUGUCGGUCCAUUCGCCAAGGUUGACGACACACCUCUACGAUUUGACUUCAGCGGCCCGAUUUCUGCCGAUCAACUGUACACAUGGAUCAAACGUCACCUUCCAGAGGGGCCGAAACCACCUCUAGUUCGUCCGAUAAACUACAUGCGGCUUGUAUCGGUUGUAACAAUUUUGAUGGGUGCAGUGACCCUUUUCACGGUCCUGUCGCCUUAUGUUCUACCUAUUGUUCGCAAUCGGAACAUGUGGGCUGCUUUCAGUCUGAUCGCCAUCCUUCUGUUCACAAGUGGCCACAUGUUCAAUCACAUCCGCAAAGUCCCAUAUGUUGCAGGGGAUGGCAGAGGUGGCAUUAGCUACUUCGCAGGGGGUUUCUCCAAUCAAUUUGGCAUGGAAACGCAAAUUGUUGCUGCCAUCUAUGCCGUCCUUUCAUUUGCAACGAUUGCGUUGGCAAUGAAGGUACCCCGGAUCGCAGACAACAAAGCACAACAAGUAGCUGUGAUCAUUUGGGGCUCUGUACUUCUGGGUAUGUACAGCUUUCUCCUCAAUGUGUUUAAGACCAAGAAUGGAGGAUAUCCCUUUUUCCUUCCCCCGUUCUAAGCCGGCCUCAAUGUACGUUACUGGCCUGGAUUCUUUAGCCCAGCCAAACCUCACUAUGAAGCCUCGGGUUAGCGAAUGUCCGCAGGAAGCUGCUGUAUGCUAUUCUUUUAGUCCAGGCGCCUCCGCUUUGAUGUGCGGUGCUACUGUACACGGCAGGUCCAUUCUGUCAGACUUGGCCAGUCGGGUGCGACACUCAUGUUAAUUUAUACUACUGUCUUAGUCAAUUGAGCAAGUUAUAAGGAGUGGAGUACAGUACUACCCAAUGAGUACGACUACGUUGCGUUAAACUUUUGCCAGCUCCUCUAUACUAGUCGC